AUGCUAUACACAGCUGUUUUGCUGUAAAUUUGACAUUUCGAUUUUUCACUAAAAUACGACGAAAAUGUGCUGCUGCUGAGGAAUUUGAUUUAUUUAUUUUGUUAUUCGGCGUUUAUUUACAAAAUAAGUUAGCGCCCUAGGUCAUAAGCAGUGGAUUUGCUGACCGAAUAGACGUUGUGUUUGCCUGGUGCACAUACUAGAGGAUUCGCGUCUGGUUAACGAUUUGCUCAUUCCCUUAUAACUUGAGAUCCUUUGAGGGUGUAUAUCCUUUGAGUUUUGAUAUACACAAAGAUGGAGCGCAAUCCUAGAGAGAGAAUACGCCAUCCGCCUGGCCUACGCGGCCGUGCGAUUGGCCUCUUUUACCGUAAUCUAUCGAAGAGGAAGCGUCCUAAGCCGGAAACGCCAGCUAUUCGACUGGGACCGUGCGUGAGUGUGCCACAAACUGUGCUGGCGAAGGUGGAAGAAAGCUUACGGAAAUUUGAGCAAAGUUGCGAAGAUGAGCAAGUUUUGAAAGAUUUUGAAGCACAAUUUCGACAUUUACUGUGCGCCGAUUUUGAGGAAUUCAUUUUGAGUACAAAAUCGUCCAACUAUGAACUGAUGAACAAUGAAUUACAGAAUCAACGCUACAAAUCGGAGGUUUUGGCCAAGGAACGUGAUACAGACUUUCAGCAACGAUAUGAGCAGCGCCUCAAAUUGCCCGCCAUGAAGCAAAAUGAACGUAUAUUGGAAGCGAUCAAGGCAAAUCAAGUAUUGCUGAUCGUUGGCAGUACGGGUUGUGGUAAGACUACGCAGGUGCCACAACUAAUUUUGGAUGAUUACAUCUUCAAUAAUCGUGGCUCACAGUGUCAUGUGGUGUGCACGCAGCCGCGUCGUAUUUCGGCGGUUACGGUUGCUGAGCGCGUGGCCUACGAAAGGUUGGAGAAAUUGGGCGUAUCGGUGGGCUAUCAAAUACGCUUGGAAAGCGAAAUGCCGCGUGAUAGUGGCUCCAUUUUGUAUUGCACCACGGGGGUGCUUUUGCAAAAGUUGCAGUCCGAUCCGCUGAUGAGCGCAGUGAGCGCGGUAAUUAUCGACGAGAUACACGAACGUGGCGUGGAGACCGACUUGUUGUUGGCGUUGUUCAAGUUUAUAUUGCCACAUCGACCCGAAUUGAAGGUUAUACUCAUGAGUGCUACUGUCUCAGAGCACGAAUUCAGCGCUUACUUCAAUAAUUGCUGUACGAUAAACAUUGAAGGCACCAUGUUUCCGGUUAAGGUGAAUUACCUUGAAGAUAUUAUACAAGAAACUGGUUACACACGUUUUCGCAACAAUCCACACGAGUUCGCGAGGAAUAAGCCACGACAUCAAGCCAAUCAACUUGACCGCCAGAGCGCUGCAAAUUUCGAUUACAACGCAAUGAUUGAACCAUAUCUGCGACAUAUCAGAAACCAAUACGAUGCACAGGUGUUACAGGCAUUGCGUUGCACCGACUCGGAGGGUUGCGAGAAUCUACAAUUUCUAGAGCAUUUAAUUUUCUACAUUUGUGAUACAAAACCACCUGGCGCGAUUUUGGUUUUCUUGCCAGGCUACGAUAAGAUCUCCAAAUUGAAUACCAUACUGCAAAAUCCCACCUCACUGGUUGGUCAGCGUUAUUCGCGUAAGAUACAGGUGUAUCCGUUGCAUUCGAUGAUGCCAACCAUGUUCCAAAAGAAUGUGUUCCAACCGCCACCGCCCGGCAUGCGCAAGGUUAUACUCUCCACCACAGUGGCUGAGACUUCCGUCACAAUUGACGAUGUUGUCUAUGUGAUUAACAGCGGACGCAUGAAGACGAAUAAUUAUAAUGUGGAAGCCAAUUUGCAGAUGCUCGAAGAGACUUGGGUGACAAAAGCCAAUACACAGCAACGCAAAGGUCGUGCUGGUCGCGUGCAACCAGGCAUUUGCUAUAAUCUCUUUAGUCGCGCGCGUGAGCGAACAAUGAUCGACCAAAUAGUGCCCGAAAUAUUGCGCUGCAAAUUGGAAUCCACAAUAUUAAAUUUGAAAAUGUUGCAUGUAAAAGAUGUACAUCACUUUUUGAGUACGCUGAUAUCGCCGCCCGACAAGCAGGCUAUUGUAAAUGGCAUUAAUUUGCUGAAACGCAUCAAUGCGCUGGACGUCGAAGGCACGUUAACACCACUGGGAAUGCAUUUGGCACGUUUGCCCGUCGAUCCACAAAUUGGCAAAAUGCUUGUAAUGUCGGCACUGUUUCGCUGCUUGGAUCCUAUCAGCUCGGUAGCUGCGGGACUCUCAUUCAAGUCGCCCUUUUAUGUACCGCUCGGCAAGGAGAAAGAUGUUGAUCGCAUCAGACGUCAUCUCUCGGCCAACCAGCGCAGUGAUCAUCUGAUGAUCGACAAUGUGGUGCUCAAUUAUCGUGAAGCACUGGAGGAUAAUUGUGAACGCGAUUUUUGCUAUAACAACUUUUUAAGUCUCGGCACUCUGCAACAGUUGGAGCAGAUGAAGAAACAAUUUGCUAGUUUACUACGCGCAUCCAGCUUCACAGAUUCUGGCCAUUGCAGUGCCAAAUCUUCAAAUGAAAAUUCCAGGAAUAUUCCUCUAUUACGGGCCAUUAUCGCCGCUGGUCUCUACCCGAAUAUGGCAUUUUUGAGCAAGGUGCGUCGCACUAGAAAUCACGUCAAUGCCAUACAGCAUCUCACCACACCAGAAGAGCGUCGCGUCAAUUUCCACCCCUGCUCGGUGAAUAGCAAUGAGGCCUCAUUUGAUUCUCACUAUUUCGUCUACUUCCAAAAGCAGAAAUCGAGUAGUCUUUAUCUGCUGGAUGCUACCAUGGUCUUUCCCAUGGCCUUAAUCAUAUUUGGUGAUGGUGUCGAGACGGGCUAUACCGAAAAUAAAAUAUUUUACAUUUCAGUAGCACGCACGUACUUCUUCAAGUGUGACCCCGGUACAGCGAAAGUGAUACUGGAGCUGCGCAAACGUUUGGAAUGGCUGAUGCAGAAGCGCGCGCUAAAUCCAUCCCCAAUCCUGCCUAAUAGUAGUGAGGAUUACAUCGUUAAAGCAAUUCAAAUUCUUUUAUCGUUGGAUGAUGUGUACGAUUAUAGCGAUCAAUAUAUGUCAUCCGAUGAAGAACAAAACUGAAAUACUUUUGAAUAGUUUGAGUUGCUUUUUAGAUGGUUUUGUUUGUAUUUAUGAAUUCUACAUACAAAAAUUAAAUUAUGAAUAAAUUUUUUUAGUAAAUGAAUUACUAUUUGCAAGGGCAUUUCUAAAUCUUUAAAAAUAAGUAAACAUUUGUAUUUGCAUGCAUUUCAUGAAUCACAAAUAAAAAUAUAAAACGUC